GCAGUCAUGAGGUAACCUCCAACUGACUCAGUCACGCGUCACUCCACUCAAUACUCAAACUCCAGUUAGAUAACAAUGCCAUAUUAUUAUCUUUAUUUAACAAACUAUAUCUCUACACUAAAAUAAUAUCAUAUUUAAUCUUAUUUAUACCAAGCGUAAAGCAUUAUCAUGUAAAUCGGAGAUAAUAAACCUAGAUCUGAUGUUUGGGCCUUAUUUUUUUGCAGUGAAUUCUGUGAUGUGAAGCGUUUGGUAAAUUUUGAGAGGGUUUUGUGUUUUUGUUUGGAGCCAUGGGGAAGGAGAAAACAUGGAUUACACCUUUCACGAAACAGUGUUUCGUGACUGCGGGCGUGUCGCUCAACAUGGCGGCGCACGGGCUGGUCAUGGGGUUCGCCGCCAUCUUGCUGCCUCAGCUGCGCCAGCCCGACUCCAUCAUACCCAUAGAUGACGCUUCCGGGUCGUGGGUUGCCGCGAUCCUGGGCUUCGCGUUGGUGGCCGGCAACUUCGUGGUGCCCUCCGUGAUGUCCCGCCGCGGACGCCGCGCCGCCAACCUGGCCAGCAUCGUCAUUGUCAUCGCCGGCUGGCUCUGCAUCAUCACGGCCGACAGCAUCGCCACCCUGCUGGUCGCCAGGUUCCUCCAGGGCUUCUCCAUGGGCAUGAGCGCUUCCCUCGGACCAGUACUGAUAGGAGAAUACACCAGCCCCAAGAACCGAGGCAUGUUUCUGACAACCGUCUCGCUUUGUAUAGCAACUGGAGUGUUGACCGUUCAUACUAUGGGGUCGUACUUGAGCUGGCAAAGGACAGCGUUGGUCAUAGUCUUCAUUGCCUUCACGGACCUGGUGAUCGUGAUGUAUUCUCCCGAGUCCCCGAGCUGGCUGGCGGACCAGGGCCGGUAUGAGGAAUGCAAGGAAGUGUUCCGGUGGCUAAGAGGAGAUACAGAGGAGGAUGAACUGCACAAGAUGAUAGAAACCAGUAUUCUGGUCAAAGAAGCGAAGGCUGAGGUUGAUAUUGAUGAGAGUUUCAGUAAAAAGAUGAAGAGGAAUGUAGCGUACUUCAGCAGCACUAUUAGGAAGAAGGAGUUUUACAAGCCGAUCUUCAUAAUGGUCCACAUUUACACGCUGGGCCAGUGGGCUGGCGCUAACAUUCUCGCGGCUUACACUGGAGAUGUGUUCAAUAACGUUGUCGGCGGCGACGUCAAUAUAUCCCUGAUGAUUAUAACCUUGGACGCCCAGAGAAUCGUGUCAAACACUUGUGCCUUAUUCGUAAUUAAGAAAGUUAAGAGACGCAAAAUGCUGCUUAUAACUGGCAGUAUAAACGUGUUCGCAUUCCUAGCCACAGCUGCUUACACCUACCUCAAAUCUCAGGGGCGUUUACCCUUCGACCACCCUAUACUAGGAGUCUUACUAAUCCACACGAUAAUGUUCUCGAUAGCUACCGGUAUGGUUCCUUUACCAUUCAUAAUCGCUGGGGAGCUAUUUCCGCUAGAAUACCGAAGUUUGGCUGGUGGUAUCAGUGUUUUGUUUUUGUCUUCUAACUUGUUUAUCACGGUGAAAACGCUACCGUUGUUAUUGGCAACAGUGGAGCUGCACGGGGCUUUCUGUCUGUACGCCGCAGUAGUGGGGUACUGCCUGGUGGUAGCCCUGAUUUUCAUGCCGGAGACUAAAGACAGGACUCUUCAGGAGAUCGAGGAUGAGUUCAGGGGGCGGCCGCUGUCGCCCGAAGAGGUCAAAUCGAUGGAGUCUCUGACGUCUGUCAAGUAUUUGACGAGGGACCGCCGGUGUAGCAGUCCAGCGAUUUAGGUAGGGAAAUUGGUGUUGAAAUUAUGAU